CUCCGCCGGUGGCUUGCCGUGACGUCACCCGCCGGGAUCCACGAUUGCUGGACGCAGCGAUCUGAAGCGUCUGGGAGGAAACAAGCUUGUAACCCAGCACGGACGGUACACGGAGAUUACAACAUCUGAGGCCACAAGAUGGCUUCUAAGGUCAUUGUCUUCGAGUUACAGAGCGAUAAUACCGUAAAAAAACAGGAGGUGAUUCCCACUUUUCCCUGGAGCACCAAGGAUCGCCUCUGUAUCAUCACCACUCAGAGAAGUAAUCUACACCUUCUUCACCAUGGCGGAGACCUCCCAAGCAAACAGAAGAAUCUGGAUUCCAUGAAAGAUUCUGAAGAGAAGAGUGCUUUCCAAUAUGGUGUUUCUACGAAGGUGUUUGCAGUAACUGAUGAAACUGGGAAGAAGUGGGAGGUGCGUUUGCUGCUCAGCCCCCGUGAAGUCUCCCGUCUCUCCUCAUUCUUUAAUUUGACCGGCUUUGCAAAUGCCUGUUUGGCAUCCAAAAAGUAUCGGGACUCCCUGGCAUUACUUGGGGGCCGACGACCAAAGCAAGAAGACGCUGUAAGAGAGAUUUGCACGGCAGCUUCUCGUUUUCUCUGCCUUCCCGAGGACCGCAUAGUCAGCAGUGACUACACUAACGAGCUCUACAGGAUCUUGAAUGAAAACGUUACGGCGUCCUGCAUAGGUAUCAAUGAGCAUAGCCUUGUGGUUGGCACCCUAGUGGCUUUGGUGGCAGCUGAACUGGCAGUUUCUGUUGGAGCUUCGGAGAACUUUGACCAUGAUGUAAAAGAGAGUCAGGAGGAUCAGGGAGAGCAGAUUAAGCAGAUGAUCCAGGCGUUUGAUGUGGCGGCUGACCUGCUCACGGUAACACACCUGGGGAAGAGAGUACAAGUUAUACUCAGAAACCCGUGUCCGGAUAAAUGGGCAUCUGGCAGCAUUAAGGGUACAGAGCUUGGAGAAAAACUUAUAUUUGGGAUGUGUCAUAAAGUGUUGUCAUUCUCUAACAUGGAGAGUGAGAUACAAUUUCUGCAAAGCCUGCAGGAGUCACAUGACAUGGUCGCUGCGUUCCACUUUCCGGCGUUUGUGGAGCAUUUGCUGAAGGUCUCGAAGUGGAGCGAUGACAUAAGGCUUUUCUUGAAGGAAGACAAUCAGAAGAAGAAGGAGAUAAUCGACAAACUGUCUCACUUGGCCGUGAGAUUCGUCUGUAGCGAGAAGUGCCAAGGGGAGAUCUUCAUGAAAUGGUUCAGAAGAGAAAUGCGAGAAAAGUGGUCCUCUGUAAAAUCUAUUUCAGUGGGUGGGGAAGCGAUAUGCGCCUUUGCUAUUUUAGUGGCUGUCUUGGCAGCUUUGACUGCAAAAUCCAUUGCGGAUGGAUUCAAAGGGGUUAUUACUGAUAGUGAGGAUGAAAUGCUAGAGGCGAACCAGGAUAACUCUGAAGACACUACCAGUGUCUAUGAUAUUCCAAAACCUGAUGUUACUUCUAGAGCUUCUGAGACUUCAGAUGAUAGCACUGACAAUUCACGUGAGAGUAGGGAAGCCACCACCAGCGUCUCUGAUGUUCCUCAUAUUGAUGUUUCUCCUAAGCCUUCUACAGCUUCAGAAGCUAGCACUGUCACUUCAAAUGAUAUUGUGGAUGUCGCCACUAAUUCUGAAAGUGAUUGUACAGUUCCUGAUAAAUCUUCUGAUUUGAAUACACCAAGACCUGAGGGUACAACAGGGGUCAGUAAUGCUGAUUCUCAAGAUGUUAGCAGUACAUUAAAGGAUCCCAUGCAAAUCAGCACAGAAGUAACCAAUAUUCAUUCAUUAACAGCCGUUGAAGAUGGUGGGAGGUCAACAGCUGAAAGUCCUAGUAGUGACACAUAUACUGCUGUGGGUAUUCCUGCAACUGGGUCAGAUAUGACAACAGAUGUUGGUGCACAUGCAGUUAAUGUAAAUGCAUUAGAAACUAGAGCAUCAACGUAUGCAGUAUCUGAGGAUUCAGAUGUGGUCUCUAAUGUUGGAAAACCAGAGACAUCUGAUGUGAGGAAUGCUGACCCAUUGACAGAAAACAUUCCUGGCUUGCUUACCACUGAUACAGGUGCAGAAGGAGUUUGUAACAAUGGGCGACCAGGACCUAAUUUUGAUGACAGAAGUGUAUUAAGAAGGGAUGGAUCCCCAGAUGACAACAGAAAUACUGAUAGGAUAAUAGAGACUGUUCUCUUCCAUCCCAACGAUCCAAUACCUGAUGGCCUGACCACAUCUCUUCCUGGACCAGAAGUUAGCGGUGAUACACCUUUAUGCAGUGUAGAGGGUAGCAGUGAAGAUAACAUAGUUGGUGCACAUGAUUCCGUUGCAGGAAACUUGACGAGUAAAGGAAAAUCCGAUUCUCGCAAGAGUCCAUGGGUAGCAGAAGACUCAACCGGCAUUGAGUUGAGUAAUACAAGAAAAAUCCCAUCUGGUGUGAACACCAAGACAUGGUGGUUUAUAGGGGUCAUCCUGUUGAUUAUAUCUAUGGUCCUAAACACAUUUGAAACCUCUACCGCUGUCACCAUUGUAGCAGUGAUACUGGCUUUCAUAUUUUGGGCAAGUCGGAGACCCUAAUGCAUCUUAGACAUGACCUGCACAUGCCCUCACAGCUAUUGUCCUUCAAUUAUAAUCAUUACAAAAAAUAACAAAAAUCAGAGCUACACUGUACAGGCAACGCCACAGCCACCUUGAUCAUAUACCCUUAAUCAAUUCUGGGUUAGGCCUCAUCAUCAUAGCCAAAUUGGAUGCUUUGCUUUUACGUAUUAUUAUUUUUUGAAGUGUAUUAAGGAAUCCAAAGAGUUUGACUAUAUUUGUCACAUACUGUAUUGAAGUAUUUAGGUCUGUUUGUGACCUGUUCUUACUAAUUGUAACCUAUAGACUUCCAAAUAAUUUUAACAGAUUAAUUUCAAAUAAAGUAUUAGAAGCAA